UUAAGCUAUGUUAUCUAACAUAUAAACUUGUAUUGUGUCGUCGUUCCGCCAGUCCGAUCGAGACGUUAGAACAAGAUGAACACGCUGCGAGGACUGUUUGUUUUUAAUUUAAUUGCCUUCGCGAUGGCUGGGUUGGCGCCCUGCAUCCAGCUCAACGAUGGUUACAACAUCCCAAUACUCGCUUUGGGUACCGGUAGAGGCACUAUAAAAGAGUCUGAAACCUUAGACCAAGUCCGCCAAGCAGUAUUCUGGGCUAUUGAAGAAGGUUAUCGGCACAUAGACACUGCUGCCAUCUAUGGGGAUGAAGAACAAGUCGGAUUAGGCAUAGCUGAAGCCAUUAAAAAGGGCAUAGUCACAAGAGACCAACUGUUCGUUACUACUAAGUUGUGGAACGAUAAACACGCUCGUCAAGAUGUGGUGCCAGCGCUGAGGGAGUCGCUGCGUCGUCUUGGAUUAGACUACGUUGAUCUCUACUUGAUACACUUCCCUAUCUCCGAGAAGGCCGACGGUUCCCCCGACAAUAUCGAUCACCUGGAAACCUGGCAGGGCAUGCAGGAAGCCAGGGAUCUGGGCCUGGCCAGGUCCAUCGGGGUGUCCAACUUCAACAUCACCCAGAUUAGUCGACUCGUUGAGAGCAGCGGCGUCAGACCUGCUGUUAACCAGUUUGAGGUGAACCCAACUAUGACUCAAGAGCCACUAGUGACUCACUGUCAAAAUCUGGGCAUCGCUGUGAUGGCAUACAGUCCGUUUGGAUUCGUGGUGUCCAGGAAAGGCUCCCAGGCUCCCCCUCCGGGUGUAGACGACCCCACCCUGGUCGCACUUGCGAAUAAGUACGGGAAAACUGUUGAGCAAAUCGUUUUAAGAUAUUUGAUCGAAAGAGGACUUAUCCCCAUCCCGAAGUCGACAAACAAAGGCAGAAUUGCGCAGAACAUCGACGUUUUCGACUUCCAAUUGUCAGAUAACGAAGUCGCUACGAUCAGCAGAUUUAACAAGAACAUUCGAGUGGUGAACCCUACUGACUGGAAGGAUUACCCCAACUAUCCUUUCGAGAGGGAUUAAAAAUAUUUUGUAUGUUAUGUGCUGAUUAAUAUAAGUUGAAAAAUAA